AUGAGCGCCUCCGUGCUCGUCCCCCAUGGUCAGGCCCGGGUGCCUGUGGGUAAAAUCCGGAUCAAGCUGAAGUCAUACUGGGUGGACCUGCUGCAGGUGGCCGUGGAUGCCAUCCUGGAUGUCGCCAAGACUACCGGCGCCACGGUGUCUGGUCCUGUCCCCCUGCCCACAAGGAUACGGAAGUGGACCGUGCUCAGCUCCCCGCACGUGAACAAGGAUGCACGGGAGCAGUUCGAGCAGCGCACCCACUCCCGCCUCCUCGACGUCAAGAACCUGUCUGCCGAGACUGUGGACAAGCUCAUGCAGCUGGAGAUCCCCGCGGGCGUGAACAUCGACGUCAAGCUCUGA